UAUCAGUUAUCAGCCACCGACGACGACGUUCGAGAAAUAAGAUUAGAGCUUUGAGCUUUUUUUAAUUUUUCCGCUCUCAAAUCUCGAUUCCACAUUCACUGUUACAUUUCCACUGUUUUCAUCGUCGUGUUCCUGCUUUUCCUUAGGUCGACCAUUAGUCAUUUUUGGUCCGACGAUAACUCGUCGCAUCAUUAUUAUUACUCGGAACAAGUCCAGUGACCAGCCACAUCCGUCGAGCACGUGCGCUGUUUACGUGAGAUAAACCUACGGCCGAGACCAAACGAUGACGCGGUCGGUCCACUGAAAAAUGCCACCGCUAUGCGAUCGCAUCAAUAACGAGCGUCAUCCUCCUCGAUCGAGCCGUGAACUCCGCCGCCGCUGUUGAGUGUAGCAAUAGACGCAUUUUAACCUUGGAUUGUUGUUGCGUCGUAAUCUUUGAUCCGCCCCGACUCGCGACGACGGCGAAAUUACAAUACGCACUGCGAUGGAGUGCGCCAACCUAGACGAGUGCGUCGAAAACUGGGAGUCGAUAGCCGGUGACUACAAGACUCUUGAGAAUGUCAAUAAAGAAUAUUUAGCCAAGGUAGAAGAAGUUAGUGAUCUUCAAGGUCAGUGUAUGAAACAAGUCAGUCACCAAAAAUAUCGAUUAAAUUUUAUUGCCAAAUCCCUAAAAAAUUUUGAAAAAGAUGAACGUCAAGAUAUCAUACAACGACUUUGGAAAGAUAUUAACCACCGUCGCCAACAACUGUCAGAUAUUGAACAAUCUCUACCCAAGCCUAACGGAUCAUAUUUGAAAAUUAUUCUGGGAAAUGUAAAUGUGUCAAUUUUGAAUAAAGAAGACAAGUUUCGUUAUAAAGAUGAAUAUGAAAAAUUCAAAUUGGUUCUUAGCAUUAUUGGUUUUUUUUUAUCUCUAUUGAAUUUGGUGACCAAGAAGCGUGCACUCGAAUUAACCUUUUUGUUUCUCUUGGUGUGGUAUUAUUGUACAUUGACAAUACGUGAAAGUAUAUUGAAAGUAAAUGGGUCAAAAAUCAAAGGAUGGUGGCGGAUUCAUCAUUUUAUAUCUACUGUGGCUUCAGCCGUAUUACUUGUUUGGCCAAAUUCUGAAACGUGGUACAUAUUCAGACCACAAUUCAUGAUUUUUAAUGUACUUAUUAGUGUAGUUCAAUCAUUCCAAUUUGUAUACCAGCAAGGAGUUCUGUAUAGACUAAAAGCACUAGGCGAACGUCAUAACAUGGAUAUUACCAUUGAAGGCUUUCAUUCUUGGAUGUGGCGUGGUCUUAGUUUUUUACUGCCAUUCUUAUAUCUAGGAUACAUUUUUCAACUGUACAACGCAUAUACAUUAUAUAAGUUGUGUUAUCAUCCACAUGCCACUUGGCAGGUUCCUGUUUUGUCAGGAUGUUUUUUUAUAUUGUUCUUGGGAAAUACGGUUACUACUUCAAUGGUCAUUCCAGAAAAACUAAAAGAAGUAAAAAUAAGACGAAUUAUUAAGACAUAUACUAGAAAAAUGUCUGGCAAUCGACUUGGAGCUGACCCCAAAAAAAGUGACUGAAAAAUUAAGUAAGAAAAAUAAUUUAAAUUAAUGUUUUUUUAGUCCUUUUUUUUAAAUAGUCGUGUUAUUAUUUUAUUAUUAUUA